CGGCCCGGUUCCGGCUAGAACGCAACGUGAAUAUUGGAGGCACUAGACUUUGACUUUGAACAGAAUCAACUGUUUAACUCUCGUAUGUCUACGUUCGACAUCUUUCGGAUUGGCGUCUGAUUAGAAGCUACAAUGCCGUACUCAGUAUCGCUUUGUUCAUUCGGACAGCAUACUCCUAAGAUCCAACUCGUUGCGGAUACGUUUGACGAGAAUGCCGCCAUCGAUACAGUCUCGCAAUGUCCAACAACUUGCCGGGCUUUGGAGGAAGCAUUGGAAGAUUUUCUGGACAAGGACGAAUCCGCUUCCCCCUGCCUCCGGUACGUCGCCCGCAAAGAUGCAGGGUGGCUGUCCUGUCGCAAACCGUAUCAUCGCCCCCACUCAAGUGUUCUAGGAAUUCUAGAAGAAUUGGAAGAUCCUACAGCUGACGUAACGAUUCGAUUGAAUUGUUACCGCGGACGAGAAAGCAUAGUGGCCUCUCACGAUUGCGAUUGUCCGGAACCUCACAAUAGUUGGGAACGCACGGAACUGCAUCUACCGGAAUCGACGGUCGAAUCCAAACGGACGCAAAUGAGCCUGGACUGGAUUGACAUUCGCGAUGUUACGAACAGUGCACAAUUCCUGUCAACGCCCUCUAGCUGUGUGCAUUUUUUGAGGUCGCUUUUGGGUUGUGAUCAUCGAGCGUCACCGUGGAUGGCGAGAAGAGGGCGGAAGCGCAAAGAAGACGCUGUCGGAACAGUCAUGUUAGUGUGUCGCAGCGAGCCCCCUAGAGUAUUGAUUGACUUCCGUGUGACUGAUGCCUGUCCCUCAUGGUAUCUGCAUGGAAUGGGGCGAAUCAAUCUACCUAUUCGCCAAUCUGUAUGGUGCAAACGUACUACAAACAAAGCUGAAAUGGCGACACUUUUGAUAUAUCGCGUAUUGCCCCCUCGCGAUCAGAUGAGCGUACUGCAUCCAAUAACCGGUGUUCCAGCUACGGUAGGCUGUUUAUGGGAAAUUGCAACUAUGCAUCCAGCGACAACAGACGAAAUGGUUCCUCCGGAGCCCUUUCGGGAAAUUCGUAUGGUUUCGCCACCAUAUAUCGCCGCAAGCGAAUACCCCGCUGAUUUGUUAGGUCCCUUACUAAGCGAGCAUUCCCUACAAGUGCUACAAAUCGAAGCGAAAGCUAUCGCACACUGGACGGCGUGGCCAGAAGCUCAGCAUUACCAAGCCAAGAAUGAUUCGCCUCUAGCGCCCUGGAAUGUUUUCCCCUUAUGUUACUGCUUCCCUGCUACCAAUGUGCAAGCUAGACAAUGGAUUCACCAGACAUGUGCGUUGGUGCCAUUGACAGUGGAACUUCUUCGGAGACAUCUAGGCGAUGCCUUACGAACGGCGUUGUUUUCCCGGCUCGAUUCUGAAUCAGUCUUGGAACCACACACUGGUUGGGAAGACCUUGCGAAUCACGUAUACCGUGUGCACAUUCCUCUGAUCGUCCCAGAUGGAGAUCUUUGUGGUGCCUGGGUUGAUGGCUGCGUCGAAACUCACCGACGUGGGCGCCCCUUAAUAUUUGAUGAUUCCAAAACUCAUCGAGCCUUUAACUAUAGCUCGCAAGAGAGAAUUGUCCUAAUCAUUGAUUUGGCCCGUCCUUGCACUUUUCCUGAUGGCACUGCUAGGGGCGGACAUUCCGAAGAGCUUGACAAGUUUAUCGAACAAAUGGGAGUUUAGGGUCUACAAAGCGAGUCGAUAUCGCUUUGUGGUUUAUCUGUUCACAACAACUAGCGCCCUAGAAAGUUGUAGUGUAGCAAACAGUUCAAAAUAAUUGUUUGGAAGCAAUAGAUAGGUCGAACGGUUCCCCCAUGU